AUGGAACCCCAACUUCCGCCGGCGCCCUCGCCCGCCUACCACCACCCGCACGCACUGCACAGAGCCCCCGUCGACAUCGGAUACCAGUACAGCGAGAAGGAUGUCUACGACCACCGCCAGCAGUAUGCCCCGCGACUCGAGCGCGGCAGCAAGGGCAGCAGCAAUAGCCGCGCACACGAUUCCGUCAUCUCAUAUCCACGCUCGCCCAACGCAGCGACACCGUCACCGCCAAGCCCAGUGAGCAGCCUCUUGUCUGCCCGCAACCAUCGCUCGCAGCAGAGCGCGAGGCACUCGCAGGAUGCCAUCAGCGCAGUCUCGCAGCCGUCGCGCGCCCACGUCGACCCCGAGAAGGCAGACAGCUCGCCGCACCGCUCGCCGUCGCCUGCCCACCUGUCGGCAUCCAACCCUGAUGUUACACGCCAGACCAUCGCCUACGACCCAGGCGAGUACGACGAGAAGGGCCCCGAGGAUAAGCCCGUGCAAUUGCUGCUCUACCUCUCUCUGCCCUGCGCCCUCCUCUCCUUCCUCAUCAUGCUCUGGACCAUGGUCGCCCUCCUCAUCUCUCUCCUCCUCCAACCCUUCCGCCUCUUCUCCUCGCGGUCCGCGCUCCCUACCCACCUCACCACCUUCCUCGCGCCGCCGCUCAACCUCCAACUCCAUCUUGUCUACUCCUUCUCCGCCUCGGAACACUACAGCGCGCCCAUGCUGGUAGUCAUCCAUCUCUUAUCUCCCUUCAUCGCCGUCGGCGUCGCAAUAGCCGCGUGGACGGCGGCGUGCUUUUGGUUCUUCUCUGCGAUUUUGGGCGAUCCUGCGGGCCAGGAUGGACACAAUGAUGGGAAGGAGAGCAUCCUUGGUGUCAGGAAUUGGUGGGAUAGGUGGCUGUCGAGGGCGCUGAGAUGA